AUGACAGUUUUUUUUACAUUUCAUAUUUGAUUAUAUUUAAAUGUGAUAGAUUUUUUAUAAAAGUAGCAACCUUGGUCCCAGAACACAAAAAUGGAAGAUAAAAAAAGAGCAAACAAACUUUAAACUAACCUGGUCAUAAGUAAACAUUGGCGAAAUCAGUACAAAAUAUAUAAAAAGAGAGACAGGAUUCUAUGUUUCGGUUUUCUCUUUUCAGCUGAUAAACAAAUUGUUUCCAUAAGAUACUGUGCGAGCAUGCUAAACCAUGGGUAAAAAUAAAUUAUUUAAAACAUUACCUCACCCUAUGAUGCUGUAGUAGAAGUUUUCUGGUUUGGCAGCUUACAUUUUAUUUUGGUAAACUUUAGCGUAACACCAAUUUUCGGAGACAGUGUUUAAGCUUAAGAAAGUGACCCGGGAUUUUGUGCUGUGGACUCACAUAGUCUCCCACAAGCGUAUUAUAAAAGAGCAUAAUUGUAUUUUUUAGGAAAACAUUUAAAACAUGGAAGCAAUAACAAGUUAUCUCUCUACUCAUUAUUUUUUAAACAUGCUUGCAUGUAUAUUGUUUUUAAUCACACGUUGUAACUAUUUUCUUUGCACGAUGCUGUUUGAAUUAUCAGAAGAAGGUGAAUGCCAACUAGAUUGGAGAGAUACCGAAAUUUUGAUGUUUUUAUGUCUAGUGUUGGUUAUUAAAAACCGUAGAUGGAAACCAAUCAGUAAUAGAGAGUACAUAGCAAACACUUUUUUAUUUGGAAAAUGUGCAAAUGCCUUAUUAUUUUCCAGACAAGAUUUACGUUUGGGAUUUCUAUAUAUAGCUUUUUGCUUGUUUUUAUUUGUUGUGUUCCCAGAGCCAAGCUAUUCUGGCCCAGAUAAUGUGACAUUUUUUCGUGGACAAGCCUUAGAUGAAGUUUUACAUCAUGAACCAGAAAAAUGUUUGUUUGUUGAAUUUUAUGCCACUUGGUCACCACCGUGUUCAAGGUUUUCCAGUACGUUUGCUUCCCUAUCACUUCAAUAUGGCAAUGAAUUUUUUAAAUUUGGCAAGUUGGAUGUAACAAGAUAUCAAAUGAUUGCUGACAAGUACAAAGUUAACUCCGAUAUAUCAAGUAAGAAUCUACCAACACUCAUUUUGUUUAAGAAUGGGAAGGAAAGCCUGCGCAGACCAACUCUUAAUAGCAAAGGGGUUGUUUCUCCUUAUAUUUUUAAGGAGCAAAAUAUCAUACAAGAUUUUAACUUGAAUGAAGUGUAUGCUGAAACUAAAAAGAAGGAGAAGAUUCAAAAUGGCAAGAAGAAAAAUUAAAAACAUCUGUAGUUUGUGUGACUGCAUAUAUUAUGAAGAAUAUAAACAAACAAAAUCGGAAAA